UCUUUUUCUCACUCUCUCGGCCAAACUCUCUCCUCCUCUCCUCCGAAACUCUCUCCUCCCUUCUCUCUUCGAUCUCAACACCUUAGAGCGUGAUUCCGGACGAAGUCCAAGAAUUAAAAUUGCUACACGGAGCACAGGCUUUCCGAAUAUCCAAAAAAAAUCUUGAUUGGACCACGUGGGAGCUCGGUUGACUUGGUCAAAGGGUCGGGUUUUGCUUAAAACCCAUGAGGUACACUUCAGGGACACAGUCUUGGAGGGUGUGAAGUGCAUGCAGACAUUACAAGCUAAGGUUAUAUAUAUAUUUUUUGGAAGUACUUGCAUAUCUUCGUAAAACAAAUUGCAUUGUAUUGUUUUCUUUAUUUUUGGAAUACUGUAUCGGUUAGACAAACCUGUGGAUUCGGAAACUGUAAUAUAUUUGGGGGCUAUCAUAUGUACUAUUGCGAAGGUUUGUAUUUAAAAAUGGUAUUGUUAUUUAUGUUGAAAAUCGAGGGCGUGACACGUUUGGACAUUAAAUUUUUUCCCAUAAGUUUAAUAUUUUUUUCCUCACAUGGUUUGUAUUUUUUUCCCACUAAUUGGAGAGGACGUAACACAUUUGGACAUUAAUUAUUUUCCAAAAGUUUAGUAUUUUAAUUGCAUGUUUCUUUACGGGUUAUAGUGAGUGUUUAUUGACAUAAAAAUUGAAUUCAAAAACAUGUUGAUUUACGUAAUUGUAUGAAUAAAUUAUGGUGCCACCCCGUUUCCAAAUCCUAGCUCUGCCCCUCGACAUCAUACUCCCUCCGUCCUAUUUUAACUGUCCCCUACAAGAAUUCAUGCAAUUUCAACCCAAAAAAAAAACAUAUUUUCACAUAUUAUUCUUUUAAAUUUCUCAUACCAAAUUAAAGUGCUCAUUGAAUACUUUAAUUUGGUGUAAGAGAAUAAAAAUAAUAAUAUGUAAAAAAAUUGAAUAAAAACAAAACCAAAAACAUAUGCUGCAUAAUUUAAUCUCUAGUGUAAACACCCAGAAAAGGACAGCAAAGAAGAACAAGUGAGAAGAUAGAGAAAGUACCCGUGGAGGAAAAGCUAGGGAGUGGUUAAUUAACAGGAUCGGUACGUAACUUUGUUUUGCUCCUCCUAUAAAUAGUAGUAAAAUUGGCUGCCUUUCCUAGUCCAGUAUUCCCUUAUUAGAAAGAACUAGAAUUACAGAAACAAAAUGGAGCCAUGUUAUAGAGAUAACAGAGACGAAGACAAAGACGACGAAAAGCAGUAUAGCUAUGCCAUGGAAGUGAUACGCUCCUCAGUGCUGCCAUUGGUGUUGAAGGCGGUGAUAGAGUUAGAAGCGCUAGACAUCAUAGCCAAGGAGGGUCCUGGAGCCCAACUCUCUGCCUCGGAAAUCGCGUCGCGGUUGCCACCCUCUGCUGCUGCAUCCGGUCGCAAUCCGGACGCGCCCGAGAUGCUGGACCGGAUGCUGCGUUUCCUGGCCAGCCACUCAAUUCUCACAUGCUCGGCCGCCAUCUCCUCCUCGGAUGACCCAACGACGACUGGGCCUGCUGCCCCAGUCGGCGAGACAAGAGUGUAUGGGCUGGCACCUGUGGCCAAAUACUUCGUUCCCGACCAAGACGGAGUCUCGUUAGGGUACUUGCUGUUCAUGUCCCAGGACAAAGUCCACAUUAACAGCUGGUACGAACUAAAAGGGGCAGUUUUGGAAGGAGGGAUACCCUUCGAACGGGUACACGGGAUGCAUGCAUUUGAAUACUGCGGGAAAGAUGUGAGGUUCAAUGAGGUAUUCAACAAGGCCAUGCAAUGUGGCACCAAACUUCUCAUCAAGAAAAUCGUGCACUCCUACAAGGGCUUUGAACAACUCCAAAGCCUUGUUGAUGUUGGCGGCGGCCUUGGUGUCAGCCUCAGCUUGAUCACCGCCAAGUACCCACACAUCAAGGCCAUUAAUUUUGACCUCCCACAUGUUAUUCAGCAAGCCCCGCCCUAUCCCGGGGUGGAACAUGUGGGAGGAGAUAUGUUUGAAAAUGUUCCAAAGGGUGAUGCCAUUUUCACGAAGCGUGUACUUCAUGAUUGGAGUGACGAUCAAUGUCUACAAAUACUGAAGAAUUGCCAUAAAGCUCUACCGGAGCAUGGAAAGGUAAUUGUGGUGGAGACAAUUCUUCCAGCGAUCGUAGAUACCAGCGAUGCAGCAAGAACCGCUUUCCACAUUGAUUUGCUGAUGAUGACCGAACUCGGAGGGAAGGAGCGCACAGAACAGGAGUACCGGACCCUAGCCGUUGGAGCUGGAUUUUCUGGCAUCAAACUGGAUUGUUAUGCUUGUACUCUAUGGGUCAUGGAAUUUUACAAGUAGUACUACUGUACGUCCACUUGUGGAGGAGUACUUGAGCUAAUUAAAACUUGCAUUAAUAUAUUCCUAUUAUGUUAUUUUGUUUAGUAGAAAUAAAAUAAUAAGAGCUGCAUGUUGAUCGAGGAUAUUUCGAUGAAAAUUUAUUUAUACCGGAAUAUUUAUGUAUUGUUGUCAAGUUAAA